CAGUUUAUCACUAAGAUUACCAAUUAGAGUGUAGCUUAUUUUAAACCCUAAUAAUGCUGUUUGCAAUAUAGAUAAGAAACAUCAAGCAUAUAUCAUUUUUUUUUUGCAUAUUUCUGAUCUCUCUUGAAUCAGAAAAAAUAUCAGCUGCUAGCAAGAAGAAAAGAAAAAGUUGAAGAAGUUUGCUUAACACAAAAUAAUGGGUUCCAUGCUUCUGAUCAAGAAGAUUAGUCUUCUGUUCCUUCUGGUUUCAGCUUCACUUUUAUCAACUUGUUUGGCAGGCCGACGAAUAUCAACUUCUGUGAAUAAGUUGGGCGUGGCAGUGGAGGCAACUCAUGAGGAGAAUCCAUCACAAAAUGAGGAAGUGAUCAGUGUAAUACAUGAAAGGCUGCUGAAGGUAAACACAAAAGACUAUGGCAGAUACGAUCCAGCACCAACUUUGUUAAGCCUCCUUUCAAGCUCAUCCAAACAUCAUCAUCAUCUCAAAAUCCAUCAUCAAGCUUGGUCAAUUAAUGGCAUGCUACACUACAGCCUGAUCGAUCGCCAAGUAGUAAUUAAGUAA